UUGAAUUUGAGUUUCUGGAAUUAUAUAUGAGAAUGGGGUAAAGUUUUGAAGAGUUUCAAAGAGGCUAUGGGCUGCCGAGCUAGAGUGGAAUAUAGGGUAGCGGAGGACCUUAAUUCCAUCAAGUCUAUGCUAUUGGCUAUUGCUUCGAGUUCAAGCUGGAUAUACGUUAAUGAUUUAAAAUUGACAUUUCGUUGCAGCAAUUACCAUGUUUGUCGAAAUUACAUUCCCUUUAUUCAGUGGUCUCCUUGGAUUUUUCAGAGGAUUUGCUUUUGCCCCAACAACAUAUUUUCUCCCUUGCAUAAUGUGGCUUGCCUUCCAGACUGCGAAAUUGUUGUAUUCAACAUUGCCAAAGUGGAACUUCAGACAUCCCAAAAACAAUUUUUUCCCACCAACUCUGAGUUGUGGUCAUGGGAAACCUUCAGUGAAGACAUUUCUUCAUGGACAGGUGAUACAACUCUCACAGUCAUUGGUUUCUUAGAUCAGUUGAACAUCACUAUAGACCCCAAUGAUUAUCUACGGUACACCACCAGGUGAGAUUAAGCAACUGAACUUCUUUUUCCAUUCAAUGUAUUUGUGAAAAAUGUAUAUCCAAUUAUAUAAGAGAACUUUGCAGAACUAGAUGUUUUUAGUGUCGACAUAAGUCCAUCUGAAUCAUUUCUGUGUGGUGGUAAGCAUCCAAUUAUCACCGUGUUGUCAGCUGGGAACGCUAUGCAUGUCUUUGUCAAUGACCAGCUCUCAGGUAUAUAUGUAAAUUGUUUAUAUAUUUGUGUUGUUAGAAAUUACACCAGCUACUUUUGAUUUAGAAGGUAAAUGAUCACCUAGGUCUACCUAAGAAAACUA